GUGUAGGUUAGUUCAACGUUCGCAGUAUAUACAUAUUACACAGAUGUACAAACAAUGCAAAUGAGUACAACGUGCGCCACGUUAACAUUACGUAUCAGCUAACUUAUUUACAAGUGGAGUGCGAUGGGAUCUAUUUGUAAAUGCAUUGCCCAACAGCCAUUAAUAGUGCGACGUCUUUUAAGUAUCGGUGUAUUGACUUUGUCAUUUUUAGUAAUUAUAGUGAUUUUACACCAAAAACCUUCUAUCAUGGACAAGACCAUAGACAAGACUACAGACAAGACCAUAGACAAGACAAUAGACAAGACCAUAAACAAAACCAUAGACAUUUUACCAAGACAUGUUACGGUGCCACCUACCGUCGAAACACAAAAUGAAGUCACUUUCAAAAAUCCCUGGAGAUUAAAUGAGGAAAUGGCAAACAGACUAAGGGCAAAAAACACAAAUAAGCGUUUGAUAUGGCCAGAAGAAUUGCCUUAUGGUGACCGAAUAAUGGAACAAAUUUUAUACGUGCCGGAAACAUACAAAAAUGAAACAUCAAAACUCAAAACUAUUUUGCUCUAUAACGGAAUUGGCAAUGAUUGGGAGACACCUAGACUUAACCAAGGGGAGUUUUUAGAUUGUCCAGUAAGCAGAUGCUCACUCACUAUAGAUAAAUCUUUGGCUCCAACCGUUGAUGCUAUAAUAUUCAGACACCAUUAUGAACGACCUCAACAUAAAAGAGAACCAGAUCAAAUUUGGAUUAUUUAUUACACCGAAGCACCCUACUCGACGGCCUAUAUUCCGGAAUCCGACCGCGACAUGUUUAACUGGACCGCGCAUUACCGAAUGGAUAGCGACAUACCGAACCCUUACGGCUACUGGUAUGAAUACGACGAAGAAGAGAUGCAAAAACGAUCCCCGUCGCUUUCCAUCAGAAACUACGCACAAGGCAAAACCAAACAGGUCGCUUGGUUCGUCUCCAACUGUCAUGCAAACAGUAAUCGGUCAGAGUACGCCACCGAAUUGUCCAAGUACAUAACGGUCGAUAUUUACGGCCAAUGCGGUCCCUUGGAAUGUCCCAAGUCGGAUGCGUGUUUUAAGAUGUUGGAAACCACCUACAAGUUUUACUUGGCUUUCGAGAACGCCCACUGUUCGUACUACAUCACCGAAAAAUUAUUCAUGACCUCGUACUACCACGACGUAAUUCCCAUCGUUUUGGGACCGUCCAAAAAAGAUUACGAGUUGGUGGCGCCCAAAAAUUCUUUCAUACACGUCGACGACUUCGAAUCAGCUCAGCAAUUGGCAGCUUAUCUACAUGAACUGGACAAGAACGACAACCUUUAUAACGAAUACUUCAAAUGGAAAGGCACCGGUGAAGUGGUUUUACAUAUAACCAACGCAAUGUUUUACUGUCGUCUUUGCGCUAUGUUACACGACGAAACCCAUCCCCCAAAGAAUUAUGUCGACAUCAAUGAAUGGUGGCGAGGACCGGGCGUGUGUCGUCAUUACAAUAAUAUCAAAGUAUAAUAUACAAUAUAUAUUAUUUAACUGUCUAUUGUCAUUGAAUCAAACUUAAAUCGAACGGUCGUUCGUUAAUAUAUAAUUUACAUAAUACAUUAUUUAAUUUUAUAAAUACUUGUGUAUUGUAAUAAUUUGUCAUUUGUUCUGUUGUAAGUAUAUUGUCACUUAUUAGUGGCCUAAUUAACUUCAAAUUGUUAGGGGGACUAAAGUAUUAAUAAAAAAAUAUUCGCAGGGUAUAUAGCAUCUUUUUGGGGCUUCAGAUGACUCAGGGUGGCUAUAGCCUCUAGCCCCUCUCUUACAAUUCAGAAAUUGCGCAGGUAAUUCAAUAAAACAGGGUGAUUCAAAAAGCGUGAACCGAUUCCAUGAUCAAAUAUUUUGUAAGUAAAUGUAUGAAUCAGAAUGAGGGAGUAGCUGUUUGAAAGAUUAGGUUUCUAAGUUUCAAAUGGUUGCUACGUGAUCGCGCUAGGUGCAUCGGUCUCCUAAGGAAACCUUAUCUGUGCUGUAUCCUGCAACAAGGUUUAUGGCCCAUUUUUCUUCGAGGGAAACUCUGUUAUAGGGCAAACCAUCGAGGAUAUGCUACGAAAGGGCUCUUCCCUUAAAAGGAAACUGAUUUUAAUAAAUACAUUUUUCAACAAGAUGGGGCACCUCCCCACUGGAGCCUAUCAGUUAGAGCAUUUUUAAAUGUAACAGAGUUUCCCUUGAAGAAAAAUGAAUACAGCACAGAAAACGUUUACCUUAGGAGACCGAUGCACCUGGUGCGGUCACGUGACAACCAUUUGAAACUUAAAAACCUAAUCUUUCAAACAGCCACUCCAUCAUUCUGAUUCAUACAUUUACUUACAAAAUAUUUGAUCAUGGAAUCGGUUCAUUCUUUUUGAACCACUCUGUAUUAUACUGUGUAUUGUUCUAGAAACAAAUAAAAAAUGCAUGUCGAGAGCAUAGCACACACAUUUUCUUAAAAGCACUUUUUUCAUUUUACGAAAACUUCGUUCUAAUAUAUGUAAGGCUUUAUCAUUCACGAGUACAAGUAUUUCAAGAGCAACGUGACUCUUCAUUAAAAAAAAAAUUGAGUCUUUGGUUUCCGAAUUCAGCUAUAUACAAUAUCUAUUGGGCUAUUCGGUAUCUAUUUCUAUACAUAACUCAAUUACUAAAAAUAAAAAAAAACGCUUAUCACAUCUUUUCGGCUGUAAUGUUAGGUUAUGCGAGGUUAUCAAUUAAGUAUGUAAUACGUAUAUGUUAAAAAUUUAUAAAUAAUUUCAGAAAACGGCCAAAG